AGAACCUUAACGGGAUGGGUGCAGCGAACUUUCCAGAGCACCCAGGCAGCUGCGGCUUCCUCCCGGAAUUCCUGUGCCGCCGAGGACAAGGCCACUGAUCCCCUGCCCAAGGACUGCCCGGUCUCCUCCUACAAUGAGUGGGACCCCUUAGAGGAAGUGAUAGUGGGCAGAGCGGAAAACGCCUGUGUCCCACCAUUCACGGUGGAGGUGAAGGCCAACACAUAUGAAAAGUACUGGCCGUUUUACCAGAAGCAUGGAGGCCAUUAUUUUCCCAAAGAUCAUUUGAAAAAGGCUGUUGCUGAAAUUGAAGAAAUGUGCAAUAUUUUAAAAAUGGAAGGAGUGACAGUGAGGAGGCCUGACCCCAUUGACUGGUCGUUAAAGUAUAAAACUCCUGAUUUUGAGUCUACGGGUUUAUAUGGUGCGAUGCCUCGAGACAUCCUGAUAGUCGUGGGGAAUGAGAUUAUCGAGGCUCCCAUGGCCUGGCGCGCUCGCUUCUUUGAGUACCGCGCAUACCGAUCAAUUAUCAAAGAUUACUUCCACCGCGGUGCCAAGUGGACCACGGCUCCUAAGCCCACAAUGGCUGAUGAGCUUUAUGACCAGGAUUACCCCAUUCAUUCUGUAGAAGACAGACACAAAUUGGCUGCUCAGGGAAAAUUUGUGACGACUGAAUUCGAGCCGUGCUUCGAUGCUGCUGACUUCAUUCGAGCUGGAAGAGAUAUUUUUGCACAGAGAAGCCAGGUUACAAACUACAUGGGCAUUGAAUGGAUGCGCAGGCAUCUUGCUCCAGACUACAGAGUGCAUAUCCUCUCCUUUAAAGAUCCCAAUCCAAUGCAUAUUGAUGCCACCUUCAAUAUCAUUGGACCUGGUCUUGUGCUUUCCAACCCGGACCGACCGUGUCACCAGAUUGAUCUUUUCAAGAAAGCAGGAUGGACCAUAGUUACUCCUCCAAUACCAGUCAUCCCAGAUGAUCACCCGCUCUGGAUGUCUUCCAAAUGGCUUUCCAUGAAUGUCCUGAUGCUCGAUGAAAAGCGCGUUAUGGUGGAUGCCAAUGAAGUCCCGAUUCAAAAGAUGUUUGAAAAGCUGGGUAUGUACAAUAUAUGAGGCAUGUUGUCAUGUAUGAAGAACUGAAGAAAUGACAUGCUAGAUUUCAUCUAUGCUUUGUCUAAUUCUUUUUCUGUUCCUUUUAGAGGUACCAACUUACUAUUUUGUAGAUGGACAAUAUUUUUGUUUUCAACAAUCAUAACCUCGAAAGGUUGGCAGUCCAUCCCGGGCCCCUCAGUCACUCCCUUAGCAAUAACUUUGCCCAUCCUCUGUGACUUACAUAACCUCCUGGUGCCCAUGUGUGUAGAACUACCCCUUUGUAGUUGAGCAUAUACAUUAGUCAGCCCUUCCUCAAACGAGAAAUUGCUGAGCGUCCUUUAAAGGAAUGUGUCAUUACAUAUUGUAAAUGACACAAGGGUACAGACACGUAAGUGACUUAAAUGUGUGAUAAGCACAGUGAACAAAGUAAUGAAAUGCAAUAGAGGAUGUCAGUGAAUCAUUCAACUUUAGACUAAAGAGCAGAACUGAUGUUCACUUGGGUUGGAGUUUGCUUAUCCUGAUAUUCAAAAUUUAGACCAGAUAUUCUAAUACUAGGGAGGAAAGUGUCGAAAGAAAGGAUUUGCAUAUAGCUGUUAUAUAGAGUGCAGAAGUAUGUGUGUUGAUCACUCCUAACAUACGUGACAUAUCCUGGGUGUCAAAUAAAGCCAGGUAAG